UUGGCCUUACUAGCAAUUUUUGCAUUUACUUGCUUUGUUCUCUCCCAAGUACUAACAGCUACAGAAAUUGAAAUUCAAGAACAAGCAAUUAAUAAGUUGCUUCUUUUACUAGUUAAUAUUCUUUACCUUAUUCUCUUCAACCAGAAAAAUGAAAAGAAUGGAUCUUUUCUGUUCUUCUCCUGCAUCAACUGCUAUAUGUUCUAGUCUGGACCAUCGUUCAGUGGUUCACCAUGGCACUAGACCUAUCGAUCAUCGUCACAAUUCAAAACCUUAUGCUACUUGUUCAUCAUCAUCUCAACUACCCAUUAAUCCAAAGCCUAGUUACUUUGAGAGGAGCAGAAGGACCACUUCUUCUUCUGUGAAACAACGCGAUUUUCACAGAGAAAGCUCUGCUGAUGAGUAUUCUGCAGCUAAUAAGCAACAGGAUCAUUUACGUAGAAGAAGCUCUGCUGAUGCAAGUGAUGUCCGUACUCAUACUGGCUCUUCGAGGCAUCUUUUGAGUGAUAAAGUACCCUAUAUUGAUUGGCUUUCAGAGUCUGAUGCAUUGAUUCUUGAUCGUGAGAAUCAACAUCCCAAGGCUAGGCAUGCAACCUCAAAGACUGCUCCUGCUAGGAGAUCUUGUUCACUAGCUUAUUAUGCUCAUGAUGAUUCGAUUGCUAAAAAUGGUCAUGCUUCUGCACCAUUUCCUACACAAAUUAGUACAAAGUCCAAGCUUUCAAGCUCUAAUGUUUCUCCUGCUUUAAAGUCUUCUUCCUCAGCUCGCUCCCGCGACCAGGUUGUGGUUUUGUGGGUGUCAAUUCAUUGCAAGGGAUGUGAAGGAAAAGUCAGAAAGCAUAUCUCCAAAAUGGAAGGAGUGACAUCAUUCAGUAUAGAUUUGGCGACAAAGAAAGUUACAGUGAUAGGGAAUGUGACUCCAUUAGGUGUUCUUGCUAGUGUGUCAAAGGUGAAGAAUGCUCAGCUUUGGCCAUAUCCAUCAUCAUCAUCCUCAAUUCCAUCCCCAUCCCCUCGAUGGUCCACUUGAUCAAGAUUUAUGGAUAAAUAGGUCUAGGUUUUUUCCUUUUUUCUGUAAUGCUUUUGUUGUGUGUUUUUAUUUUAUAAUUUGUAAUGUAAAUUUGAACUCUUCUUAUGGGAUUCGAAUCAUACAAGUGAUGAUUAUUGCUAUUAUAAAAUAAAGCAAAUUGAUGAAAAA